UAUAUACAGUUCAACUUUACUCCUCUCUCUAAACUUCCCGCUACUCUGCCCCAAUUAGCUCCGCAAAAUUGCGUCUCUGUCCUGUUACCAGCUAUGGAAGAGGAAGGCUCAGCUGCUACUAGGGUAUAUCUUCAGGAAAAGCAAGAUUCUGACCAGAGUUUUUCCGAAGAGGAAGAUAUGGGCGAUGACAAAUGGAUGACAAAUGACAAUUGUCUUAGUGGAUCCGUAGGAAACAAGGGAGGUAUAGGAGUCCUUUCCCAGCUUGAACUGCUCACAGAUGUCAAAAGACUUCAUCAUCCAACCGAUACAAUGAAUUCUCAUCAGCUGUUGCAGUUGCAUUCUUGUCAGCAGAGGCAGACAGGUUUAUGCAAAGAAGAUGACGUUGAAGUUCCUUUUUUUAAGAGUCAGGAUGGUGGAUUCAUCAACAAAAAUGAUCAUUGGAUGGCAUUGUCCUGCUCCUUAGAUGAAGAAUUUUGUCACGUCUCUAGAAUGACAUCCACUUGUAAUUCAGAAGAGGAAAUUGUGUCUGAUGAUGAGAUGAGGCCUUCUACUGAUGGAAAUUUUAAAAGAGAUGGUAAAAGUACAAUGCCUAAAGUAAGUGCAGAUUGCAAAUCAGGAGUUUUCUUGAAUAAAGAUGCUGGGUGUUCAUUGCUGUGCGGUGCCUCAUCAAAAUCGAACAGAUCAUCCAAAGGAAGCUCGAGUAAAUCUAAGCCCAAAUUUUUGUUCCAAUCCCGGCCACAGAAGAAAGAUUUUGCUUUGGUUGUCCAUGAUAGUUGUGAAACCUGCACACCCUUAUCUGUGCUUCCCCUAAAUGCAGAAUUAGACAUGCAAAGAAAAAAUAUAGAGUCACUGGAUGACUUAUUGGAGAGUUAUGGUGGAAAUGAAGUACAACAGUUCGAGGAGAAUUUGGUCUCAUCUGAAGUAGCAGUUGUACAUCAUCCAAAUGAGCAUUCCAUGGCUGAGGUUCUGGAUCACUUUCAGCAUACAAGUUUCCUACCACGAGGCAAUUCUAAAAUGCAGUUGCAAACAAAAAGACAAGGAUCACGGUUCUUACGGAACAGAAACUUAUUGCUGCUCGGUGACAGAAAGAUGAGCAAUGGUGACGAACCUGAGGAACUAGAUAGUGAUCCAUCUAGUGAUGAGGAUAAAGUUCCCCAGAUUCUGAAGUCUGCUAUACCUCAGAGGACCAUGGCCGACCAAUUUCAUCUAGUGUUAGGAGCUGUAUCUACAAAUGAGAGGCUAUCUAUUGCAAGGCCUAAGCAAUUCGGGUUAUCUGGAAGGUUGCAGCAGGUGAUGCAAUGUGAAAAGGACAGAGAUACAUAUUUCUUGGAGAAGUCACAAACACAUGCUGCUUCAAGUGGGGCAGAAAGCUUCAUUGAUGUGAGAAUUUUGUCUAGUUCUUUGGAGGCCAAACUGACUGUUUGUUUUUGUGCUUUACAUGGAGAUGAAGAGGGUUCUGAGUGCCUGAGCAAUCCUCAAAAAAGGAAGGGUACUGGUAGAAGGAAGUUAACUAUCAUUUUUAGCUCAAGAAUCUGUAAAGACGUCGAACUUGAAAUAGGGAAUGUUAUCCGCAUACAUCAACCUUGGAAGGAGGUACAUGUGAACGAGAAAGACGAGGCCAUCAUUUUGUGUGCAUAUUUCUCUCAGAUUUAGUCUUUGUAUCACAUUUUAUACCAAGGUUAUUGCAAUGUUUCUAGAGAUAGCUUUAUUGUUGUACUUGCGCUUGCCCUAUACUUUCCAAAUAGAGUAUAAUAUAGAAGUCUAGUUUAUCCUUUUUCGCCACGAAUUUCACCCCAGCUACUGCAAAAUGUAUGAAUGUAAUCAGGUCACUUUAUUUGUUGUGAAGCCUCAUUGGAUUGGCUCAUGAUGGAUCUUACUCGGUACAUUUCCUGCAUAUGCAGAAAGGUCAAUAAAAUGGCCAUCAUGCCUGUGGAUGGAGUUUGAAUUAAAAAAAUUCGAUCCUGUUGCUUCCAAAUGGUGACAGACAAUGAAGCUCCAGCAGAGAAUGAAGACAAACUUGGAAGUAUUCUUGAUGUAUACUAGGUGACACUGAGGGAAUAAAAAUACUUGGGAGGAGACAGCUUCACCCGGGCAGAUUUGCACCAUGUUCCAGUUAUACACUACUCGAUGGGAACUAAAUCCAAGGAUGUGCUUAUUUUUCUUGUCCUCAUGUAAGAGCUUGGUGCGCAGCUCUCUGUGCUAGACCAUCUUGGUCUAAGGGCCUUGAGUUGCAUAAACAGUAAAAUCAAGUAAAUUUGGCUUGUGAUUAACACAAGAUAUUCUACUAUCUAAUUUCUGACAAGGGGCAAUAAGCAAGGAGCAGUCAACAUGCCACUUGGCAUUUGGAGGACAUUAUGGCUUAAUUUUGUGCCUUGUUCUGUUGGCUUCAGUGCUUUGUUGUGGACUCCAAAUGAUGAAAAAACCAGGAAUCUGGAAGUGAUACUUCACAGAAGAUGGAAAUUUUUAGUCGAUGAAGGAACAAUAUUUGAUUAAGCCGGAUUAGGGGCACCUGACUUCCUAUAACAUUAAUCUAUUCAAGUGGGAAGAAAAUACAUUCAUGUUUUAUGAUCUGAAUAAAAUGAAUUUCAAAAUCAUACAUUUCUGCGCGUCAAUCCAUCUUGCAUUCAGUUUUUAGCUUAUUUCAAGUAGAGUACUGUGACUGUCUCCUAUAGAAAUCCCUGCUCGGAUGUUUUCCGUUUGAACAGUACUGAUAGGUGCUGCUUGUGGUGUAUAGAGAUGCUGCUGGUGAUUUUUUGUGUGCUGCUACUGUUCAUUAGUUUAUUCAGCAUAGAAUUGACAACUAUACUUUCUGAUUGUAAAAGAACUUUCAAGUGUUUGAAGUUUACACAUCUCCCAUGUUGCAGUUGGAGUUAUUGCCUAA